AUGGGAAAACCGAAGCAUAUGACAAACAAACAAAAUCCGUUCGCGAAGAAAAAACGCGACAACAAACAGAAGGUACGUAGACCUCCUGUGCGCAGGGAUAAACCGUACGAGAGCAUCGUGCUUGCGAAUGAGUCCUUCGAAGCGUACUACAAACAUCAGCAGAUCUGUAGCGAUGAAGCCGAGUGGGAUCAGUUUAUGGCGCACAUGAGAAAAAAUCUACCGGUCACCUUUCGUAUCACCGGUUCGAAAGCUCAAGCUAUGUUGCUGCUGAAGCUGAUCAAGGAAGACUUCUUCGAAGAGUACUUCCGAGCUGUGAAAGAGUUGCGGAAGGAAGACGAAGAUUCACACGUCGAGCCUCCUCGGUGUCUUGAAUGGUAUCCGCGCGGAAUGGCCUGGCAGUUGGAGCUAUCGCGAAAGGACAUUCGCCGUUCGGAGCCCUUGUUUAAGCUGCACAAUUUCCUCAUCUCCGAAACGAGUUCGGGUUACAUUAGCCGCCAAGAGGCGGUUUCGAUGAUUCCUCCGUUGGUGUUGGGCGUUGAGUCGCACCAUCGGGUGCUGGACAUGUGUGCUGCUCCCGGGUCCAAAACGGCUCAAUUGAUCGAGUCGUUACAUGCCGGUGACGGAAAUACCAUCCCCAAAGGGUUUGUAAUGGCCAACGACGUGGACAAUAACCGGUGCUACAUGCUGGUACAUCAAACGAAGCGCCUCAAUUCGCCGUGCUUUUUGGUGACGAACGGGGACAGCUCCACGUAUCCUUCGAUGCGAUAUACGAAGGAUGGAGUCGUGUGUCCUUUAAAAUUUGACAGAGUGCUCUGCGAUGUACCAUGUUCGGGCGAUGGUACGUUGCGCAAAAAUGCAGACAUCUGGACCAAGUGGAACCUCGCUCAAGCGUCGAACUUGCACGGGCUGCAGUACCGGAUACUGAAGCGGGGCGCAGAGCUGCUCGAUGUAGGAGGAAAGCUCGUCUACUCCACUUGUUCGUUGAACCCGAUCGAAAACGAAGCCGUCCUUCAUCAUCUGCUGAAGGAAACGGAGGAUUCGCUUGAAAUUAUAGAAUGUAGCUCCCUGCUGCCAACGCUGCAGUUCUCGAAGGGUAUGACGUAUUGGGAACCUGCCUCUAAAGAUCUUGUAUUUUACAAAACCUUUGACGAUGUACCCGAAUCCCAGCGCACAGUGUUGCGACCCGGUAUGUUUCCACCGUCGAAGGACGAUGCAAUUAGCAAAUUUCAUCUUGACCGAUGCUUGCGAAUUCUUCCGCACCAACAAAAUACGGGUGGGUUCUUCGUUGCUUUGCUCCAGAAGAAAAAAACGUUACCUUGGGAAGAAGAUAUCCAAGAAACGGAAUCAACUGUGGUAGCAGACCCUCCUGCAAAGAAGGCGAAAUACAUGCGUGGGUUUAAGGAAGAUCCGUUCGUAUUUUUCGAUGAAAAGGAGGAAGUUUUCGAGUCACUGAACAAGUUCUUUCAUCUCAAAGAAGAUUUUGAACCGAGAAACCUUCUGACACGUUGUAGGGUGGGCAAGAAGAAAAACGUAUAUUUCUGUUCAAGCAUUGUGCGUGAUAUCGUUCAGCUAAACGAGAAACGCAUUAAAAUCAUCAAUCUCGGUGUUAAAUCGUUCGUACGGUGCGCCACGCGUAACAUCGAGUGUGACUUUCGGUUAGCCAGCGAAGGUCUGGCAAACGUAUACCCAUUCGUUGGCAUCCAACGGCGUGUGUUGGUGCAAAAAGAAGAUUUAAUCAAACUGCUUUCUUGCACAGACCCCACCAAACCACCGGAAAUAGGAGAACUGACUAGUGAAACGCAGAAAAACCUACUGACCGUUGCCUCUGGAAGCUGCGUUCUGGAAUGCGUCGUGGACGAUGUCAAACUUGUCUCGGUCGGGUGGAAGGGUGCCAUGAGCCUGAGAGCUUACGUUGAUCAGUAUGAUACGGUGCAUCUGCUUCGGUUGCUCGGAGGGGAUCUAACGAAAUUUGAAAAAAAUAAAUUCCAAGAAAAGCGUAAUGCCGCGGAAGCUGCAGAUGAUGUCGAACUGGAUGAAAGCAAUGUAGCCGAUGAAGCCGAAUCAAAUCCUGCAUCCGAAUCCAACGAUUAAUAUGCCUUACGGUGGU